AUGGUGCUGGGCGAAGCGCCCAUCUACCGCGCCAGCGACUCGACGCUGCACUGGGUCGACUGCCUGUCGGAGCCGCCCGAGCUGUACAUCCUCAAGGUCGAUCCAGACACGGGGGAUGCCAUUGGCGAGGCGCGCGUGCUGCCGCUCGAGGACAGCGUCACGGUGGCCUUCUUCCGCAAGGACAAGCCCGGCAGCUACAUCGCCGCCUACUACCAGGGCGUGUGCUUCCUCGACGAGGCCACGGGCAAGAUGGAGGUCGUCAAGGAGAUCAUCCCGACGGACCAGCGUGACGAGCUGCGCUUCAACGACGGCGGCAUCGACGCCAAGGGCCGCUUCUGGCUGGCCGAGAUCGACAAGAAGGCCAUGGCGUACGGCCCGAAUAAGCUGCCUGAGAGCUAUGGCACGCCUCGAGGGCGGCUCUGGCGGUACGAUCCGGAUGGCAGUCUGCAUCUGAUGAUCGAUGGGGGGAUCAUAUGCGGCAAUGGGCUGGGAUGGAGUCCGGACAACAAGACCAUGUACUUCCACGACUCGGUGGCCAUGAUGGUCUGGGCGUUUGACUUUGACCUCGAGACGGGCAACAUUUCCAACCGCCGGCUGCUGAUCGAUCGUCGCACGUCGUACGGCGAGCCGGACGGGAUGGUCGUGGACACGAACGGCAACCUGUGGAUCGCCAUGUACGACUCGAACCGCGUCAUGGUGUUCAGUCCGGAAGGUCGACACCUGAAGGACAUCAUCUUCUCGGCCAGAAAUCCUGCCUGCACGACCUGGGGUGGGAGGAACUUCGAUAUUAUAUAUGUGGCAACGGGGAUGGACCGCCGGCCGAAUGCGAAGCCGGACGAUGAGGGAGGACAUAUGUUUCGCUUCAAGCCGACGGAUGCGAGGGGGCAGCCAAAGUACGAAUUUGCGGGAUGA